CGGAUGCAAGUCUCCCAUCCCUCACCUGAUUUAUUCGAGGGUUGCAAAGCCUUGGAAUUGGUUUGGGGGCAAAAUCAAGGAGGCUGCAGACAUGCUGAACAGCUGGAGGUUGCAAAGCUGGACUUGCUGAACCGACUGUCUGCCCACACCACAUCCAAUCUACAGCUGGAGUCCAGGGGUGGGUUGGAUGCUGCUGUUUGUCACUGUCUGCAAACCAACCUCCUCUGCAUCUGCUCUGCAUCUGCAUCUGCAUCUGCUCUGGGUACCUUGCAACUGGCCAAAGUCCAUCCUUUCCUUCCUUGGAUGGGAUUUACAUCUGAGUCACUUGAACAAUUGCAAACCCAGGCAUGCAGUUGUCACCAAAGGACUCCCACAAGAGGAACAUGAGAGACCUGGCUGUUGAGAUCGGUGUGAGAGUUUUCCUCUUUGGAGUUUUCGUUUUCACAGAAUUUCUGGAUCCUUUCCAACGUGUCAUCCAACCUGAAGAGAUCUGGCUGUACAAAAACCCCAUUGUCCAAUCAGACCACAUACCUACUCGGAUUAUGUUUGCUAUUUCAUUCCUAACGCCUGUGGCUGUGAUCUUUGUGGUCAAAAUAAUUCGAAGGACAGAUAAAACAGAGAUCAAAGAAGCUUGUUUAGCUGUUUCUCUGGCCCUCGCUUUGAAUGGAAUCUUUACCAAUACAAUUAAAUUAAUAGUGGGAAGGCCUCGGCCCGAUUUCUUUUACCGUUGCUUUCCGGAUGGCAUCAUGAACCCUGAGAUGCAGUGCACAGGUGACGAGCAUAUGGUGUCCGAGGGCAGAAAGAGCUUCCCCAGCAGUCACUCCUCCUUUGCUUUCUCGGGUCUGGGUUUCACUGCCUUCUACUUGGCUGGGAAGCUACACUGCUUCACACACAUUGGCCAAGGAAAGAGCUGGAGACUGUGUGCUGCCAUCCUUCCUCUGUACUGUGCCGUGAUGAUCGCUUUGUCUAGGACAUGUGAUUACAAACAUCACUGGCAAGAUGCCUUGGUUGGAGCUUUGAUUGGCAUCAUUUUUGCCUACCUUGCCUACAGACAGCAUUAUCCAUCAGUGAGCCACACAGAUUGCCACAGAUCAUACGUCAGCCUUAUGGUACAGGCACCAGCAGAGCGGGAAGAAAUCUCAACGCCAGACAAAGCCACCAGCCUGCCACUGGAGGGUUUAAACGAAGGCCCUGUAUGACUGAUACACUUGUCACACGAACUCUUAGCCCCUUCUUACAUUCCACUUAAAAGUUAAAAAAAAAAUCUCUUUAGGAAGCGAAGGAAGUCCAUCCCAUUACCAUGUAUGUUCGUCCUUCACACACUCAUUUCUUUUUACUCCCAAAGCGAAAUGGGCUGUUGCAAACGUGUCAUGCAUAGAUGUCUUUCGAGAUAACAGAUUGAUUUCUGUCAAAGGGUUUAUCAAAUAUUAAGCAAGGCGUAAACAGUGAAGCACUUUAAAUGCAGAGUGAAUAAGAAAAAAAAAAUGAUUUUUGCAUGAAAUGUAACGGGCAGAAGUAAUCACAGUCCAAGACUGAAAUAACGGAAUGAUUUUGGGCAGAAUAUUAGAAAAGGAACGCUUUAAUUAAAUAUAAUUAAAUGGACAGUAUGAAACUACCAUGUAAAAUCUUUGAUUAAAAUGUAAUUAAAACCUAUAAUGAAUGCAUUGAAAUGAAUAGUAUGAAACGAUUAAAGAAGGUUCCACUGAAGAUGUAAUUACAAAUGAC